UUGCAGAAUAACCUAUUCCAUUCCCUUCAAUGUUACAGUUUUCCUCUAAUGUUGACGUUGUCUGGAGAGCUGCUGGAUUAGAUGAAUUGUUGGCCUCCCGAGUGGCGCAGCGGUCUAAGGCACAGCUUGCAAUAAUUAUUAUUUUGAGGAAAACUGAAUUUUGCUUCCAACGUCGUUACAACGAUAAUCCUUAAUUGUCUCGAUGGGGUAUAUGCAGGUAGAGGAGCACACCACCAACAUGUUACACCUGAAGAGGUCGCCUGGCAUCCGCUCCUGGUCGCUGCUCAUAGGUAUUGCGUCCAUUGGCCUGGCUGCUGCAUACUACAGCUCAGACAGUAUCCUGUGGAAGCUUUUCUACGUGACGGGCUGUCUGUUCGUGGCCAUGCAGAACAUGGAGGAGUGGGAGGAGGCAGUGUUUGAUAAAACCAAGAAAGUGAUAGAGCUGAAGACCUUCAGUCUGUAUGCCCUGAUUCUCACCAUGUGUAGGAGAGGCCAGGAGAAAGUGGUGAUGGACAUGAGGCACCUGCGUGACGUGUGUGUUCAGGAGGAGAAGGUGCGCUACCUAGGGAAGGGCUACCUGCUGGUGCUGCGACUGGCCACAGGUUUCUCCUACCCCCUCACACAGAGCGCCACCAUGGGGGGACGCAGUGAUGUGGAGGCAGUGGCUUCGUUGCUCAAGCGUUUCCUGGGUCUGGAGGAGCUCCAGUGUCGCUGGGAGCAGGAGGAAGAGGCAGUCAGGGAGGAAGAUGAACUGAACCCCAGCACUGACUCCGAAGAAGAGGGGGACUCAGUGCAGUAGAAGGAGAAGAGAUGAAGAGAAGCCACAGCAGACUUGAAAUGCACCCAAAUAUAUUUUACAGCAUUUCGUAGUAUCCCUGAUACUAUAAAUUCUCUUAAAUACACUCCAAUGGUAGAGUUUUCCACAGAAUAUUUAAACAAAAUCAUAGUUUGUUGUGUUGCCUGUUCUUCAAAAACAAUCAUUACUGUAUUAGACUCAACCCUAUAAUUACAGUGCCUUUCUAUUCAAAUGUAAUCAGUAUGUGUGAAAUACUCAUUCAAAACAGUCCCACAGUUUAGGGAACACAGUGUGUUUGAGACCUCCCAAGUGAUAAUCUUGGUCUAGUAGGAUUGUCUCUCCUCACUGCAACCAUCUAUCCAUCUAAAUGCAUGUGACUGUAAACUAUAAUCAAGCAUGGAUUUCCAGGGAUCAGUUAAGAAUGUUUGCCUGUUUUUAUGUUAAAGUAAAUACUUGCAUGUCUUUCAGCAUUGAUGGGUCCUAUGACCAGGGUCAGACAGAAUCUGGGGAGGCAAAACCUCUAGAAUGAACUUAAUCUAACAGCUUCGACAUCUGCAUUGCUUGCUGUUUGGGGUUUUAGGCUGGGUUUCUGUAUAGCACUUUGUGACAUCUGCUGAUGUAAAAAAGGGUGUAAUAAAUACAUUUGAUUUGAUUUAUUAUUCAUAGAGUAAACUACAUAUUCCAUCUGGCCUUAUACACACAAAAUGAAAGACCAGUCUCAGGUAACAUUCCUGUCCGUAGACACAUACUGUUAUUAACACAUUUAUGUUUGACAAGUAAACUGUAUUACAUUGUAUCUGAACUGUAUUAACUAAGUUACUGCAUCUAUUGGCAAGAGGAAGGUGAGUAUAGAUGCCUUCUGUUGCUUGAAAGAAAGAAUGCAUGAGAUAUUUUGUGUCCAGUUAGUGUGUGCUGCUGGAUGACUGCAGGUACUGGUUUGCCUUGUCUUUAAAAAAUGUUUUGUAUUACUUUUAUUUUUGCUUUUUUUGUUAAAAAAGGGAAUUAAAUAAAAGUUGCUUU